CCCUAGACGAUCUUCGAAGUUAAACUGACACGUCGAGCGACAUUUUCGGCACAGCGUCAUCAGCGCUGACGUUCGGGCUACGUGAGAGAAGGCGAGGCGCAGGCCGUCCACCCAUACUGUCAUUAGUGACGAGUCAGACUACGUAAAAACUUCGGUGACCAUGGAUUCAUCGGUGUCGUCUCAGCUGGAAAGCAGUUUAAAUGAUUCAGUGACAGAUGGAGAGAAGGAUCACGGAGAGGCCAACCAAUCUCCUGCAGACUCCAGUCAGGUUUUGUUGCAAACAGAGGCUGAAGCUGCUGUGGUCCAGCUGUCUGAUGGUCAGACCACGUCGGUUCCAGGAGUCAUCCAAGCCCCUCAGACCUCGGUGAUCCAGUCCCCACAGGUCCAGACUGUUCAGAUUGUUACAGUUGCUGAACUGGGGGAUGGCGGGUCGGUUGGGGACACGCAGAAAAGACGGGAGCUCCUCUCCAGGCGUCCGUCGUAUCGAAAAAUCUUAAAUGAGCUGUCGUCGGAUUCACCGUCGGUUCCUAAAAUCGAUGAGGAAAAGGGAGAGGACGAAGCAGCGGUCUCCAGCAGCUCCACGGAAUCAGUUCCCAACUCAAUCUACCAAACCAGCUCCGGACAGUACAGGCAGAGCGAUCCCACUGACCACCCCAGCAGUGGAAACCCUUCAGGGGGCCCAGACCCUGACGGUGACCGGCUCCCCGACCCCCCAGACCGGAGCCGCCGUCCUGCAGGCUGCAGACUCAUCACACCAGUUCUUCUUACAGGGAGGACAGGUGCUCAUCCAAGCUGCCACAGGAGACAUUCCGGCCUACCAGCUGCGUUCGCCCAACUCGGGCCUGGCUCAGAGCAUCGUGAUGGCUGCGUCUCCCAGCAGCAUGCAGAGCCCGUCGUCACACCACGCCGAGGAGAUCACCCGCAAGAGGGAGGUCAGGCUGAUGAAAAACAGGGAGGCAGCGCGCGAGUGCCGCAGGAAAAAGAAAGAAUACGUCAAAUGUCUGGAAAACCGCGUAGCUGUGCUGGAAAACCAAAACAAGACACUGAUCGAAGAGCUGAAAGCACUGAAGGACAUUUACUGUCACAAAGCCGAGUAGCAGGAGACAGUUCACAGACUGCUGCAACAUAUCAGAAAAGAAGGACUACAGAACAAAAAAUAAACUGCUUUAAUCGUCUUUGUUUCUUUGCUCACUCAGGCCUGACGUACGCCAAAUUAUAAAGUGUUGUGGAGAUUUCAGACAGCGCGAGCUUGCCAGUUUUGCUCUUGUUCUUAACCUGUGCUCUUUGCAUGUGGAGACUCCUGAGUGUCGUAAACUCUGCGCUUGCUGUGGCUGAUGUGCGCGAGGCGAGGCGAGGCCAGCCAACGAGGGCCGGUCAAACGGAGGGGGAGACAGGAAGAGGAGCCGCAGAUGCUUCCUGGAAGUCUACUGAGAAUUUUUACCAAAAAAAGAAAACAGCUGGAGGUGAUGGAGGUGGGAAGGGUCAGCCAGGUCUCACAACCAGCAACUGUUUUUUUUUCUGUUUGAGUUUUUUAUUUUUGUGGAACCUGGGUCAGAUGAGCAGGAGGCACCACAAGAUCCACCAGCAGCUUCGACUCAAAGCGUGUUUACCUGAAGAUGUGCUUCUGUUCUGAAAGCUUCUGUUUUUGGUUGUUGCAUCCUCAAAAGCACAAUUAGGGAGAUGUGAUGUCACUGAUUUCAUUAUUUCCGUCUUAAGAAAUGUUUCUCUUAAAAUUUAAAUGAAAAUAAAAGAGAAUUCAUUGUUUAUAAGCGAGACUUCAACACCUGAAUGUAAACCAUGUUAGUAAACAUCAAAAUAAAUUUAUUUUUCUCUGCUAAAGUGAAACGAAUAUAAAAUUGAAAUCAAAGCACAGAAAGUAACACAAUAUUUCAGAUUUAAUUCUUUAAAAUAACAUAUAUUCUGUGAACAUGUGUUUCCUGUAAAGGGAAAUCUAUAUUAAAAGUCUUCACAUAAACUGUUUUUAAGUUUUAAAUGGGCGCCCUGUUUCUGAAAUCCCCUGAUGAUGAAAGAAAACUGUAUUUGUUUGUGUUCUGAUUAUUGAAGAUACUCUGUUCAAAGGGUGAUGCCAGUUUCUUAAUCUGUUUUUUAAAGGACACUUUAUUUUAAAAUGCAGCUUCUUCUUAAUAAUUCUGCUGACAGUUAAAAAAUUGCUAAAUUUCUGUCUGUUUUGACAUUGUUGAGUUUAUUCUAUUAAUAAUUGUAUUAACUUGUUUUAAUUUCUGUUAAUCAUACUGAAAUUUUGCCUUUUGACUGCUGAAGCUCUUCUGGUGGCAGUAAAGUAUUUAUUUACUGUUUAACUCCUUAACAUCUGCACAUUUGUCAUCAGAUUUCCUUUUGCAGUUUGUACUUUCAGAGGAGUUUCAUUCAGUUCAACUCUUAAUAUAAAGUGAGGCGCAUUUCUUUGCACUUAGCUUAUUUGGGUUUAAAUAACUUCAUCUUUUGUGUUCUUUUCUCUUAGUGUAUUUUUGUGUUUGAAUUGUACAACUGUUUUUUGUUUAUCUAAUAAAAUUUUUAAACCUGA